CGAGAGGCAAAAAUGGCCCAAGCACCCACUGAGACAAGUAAUGUGGAAAGCGCUGACCCAGAGGAGAGUUCUCCCAACAUGAUAGUCUACAGAAAGAUUGAAGACAUCGUUACGAAAAUGCAGGAUGACAAAACAGGUGGAGUUCCCAUCCGCACAGUCAAGAGCUUUCUGUCCAAAAUCCCCAGCGUUGUCACCGGUGCUGAUAUUGUGCAGUGGCUUAUGAAGAACCUCAGCAUUGAGGAUCCAGGGGAAGCAAUACACUUGGGAAGUCUUAUUGCUGCACAGGGUUAUGUCUUUCCAAUCUCAGACCACGUCCUUACCCUGAAGGAUGACGGGACGUUCUAUCGGUUCCAGGCACCAUACUUUUGGCCUUCAAACUGCUGGGAACCAGAAAACACAGAUUAUGCCAUCUAUCUUUGCAAACGGACCAUGCAGAACAAAGCUAGGCUGGAGCUGGCGGACUAUGAAGCCGAAAACUUAGCAAGACUUCAGAGAGCAUUUGCAAGGAAGUGGGAAUUCAUCUUCAUGCAAGCUGAGGCCCAAGUGAAAAUCGACAGGAAGAAGGAUAAAACAGAAAGAAAGAUUUUGGACAGCCAGGAAAGAGCAUUCUGGGAUGUGCACAGGCCUGUGCCAGGCUGUGUGAACACCACAGAAAUGGACAUUAGGAAGUGUCGUCGGAUGAAAAACCCACAGAAGGUGAAAAAGUCAGUGUAUGGGGUUACAGAAGAGUCUCAGCCCCAAAGCCCUGUCCACGUGCCCUCCCAGCCUGUUCGCAAAACUACCAAGGAGGACUUUCGGAAACAAAUAACUUUUCUGAAUGUGCAAAUAGAGAGACAUUGUUUGAAGAUGUCCAAAGUAGCAGAAAGUUUAAUAGCCUACACAGAGCAGUAUGUGGAAUAUGACCCCUUUAUAACUCCUGCUGAGCCUUCCAAUCCCUGGAUAAGUGAUGAUGCAGCGUUGUGGGACAUUGAGAUGAGCAAAGAACCCAGUCAGCAGCGUGUGAAAAGAUGGGGUUUCUCCAUGGAUGAGGUGCUGAAGGACCCAGUAGGACGAGACCAGUUCCUUCGCUUCCUGGAAUCAGAAUUCAGCUCGGAAAACCUCAGGUUUUGGUUGGCUGUCCAAGAUCUCAAGAAACAACCUCUACAGGACGUAACCACCAGAGUGGAAGAAAUCUGGCAAGAGUUUCUAGCUCCUGGGGCCCAAAGUGCUAUCAACCUGGAUUCCCACAGCUAUGAGAAAACAAGCCAGAAUGUCAAGGACCCAGGGAGAUACACGUAUGAAGAUGCACAGGAGCACAUUUACAAGCUGAUGAAGAGUGACAGCUACGCGCGCUUCCUCCGUUCCAGCGCUUACCAGGACUUACUGCUGGCCAAGAAGAAGCCAGAGAAUGAGCAAGGUCGUAGAACUUCUCUAGAAAAGUUCACUCGCAGCGUGCCAGCAUCUUCACAGCUUCUCUUUUAA